GUGGAGGCGGUUCUCACAUAGCGGGCCUAUAGGAGUCUGCGUCGACUCAGCCAAUAGGGUCACAGAAGGGGGCGUGGCGGGAGGUUUGAAACUCAGCUCCGGGAGUUGAGGCUUGAGCAGCAGUGCACCCAAAGGUGAAUUUGGGGCCUGGCAUCCCCUCCUUGCCCCGGGCCGGGCCUUGCCCCACCCUGUUCUCCUGGUUGAGAUGGGCUCAGCCAAGAGCGUCCCAGUCACUCCAGCGCGGCCUCCGCCGCACAACAAGCAUCUGGCUCGAGUGGCGGACCCGCGUUCACCAAGUGCCGGCAUCCUGCGCACUCCCAUCCAGGUGGAGAGCUCUCCACAGCCAAACCUACCAGCAGGGGACCAGCUGGAGGGUUCUAAUCAGGCCCAGGGCUCAGAUCCCCGCUCUCCUACCCUUGGCAUUGCACGGACACCUAUGAAGACCAGCAGUGGAGAGCCCCCAAGUCCACUGGUGAAAGAGCUGAGUGAAGUAUUUGAGACUGAAGGCCCCAAAUCGAACCUUCCCCCAGAGACCGUUCUGCCCCUAGAGGCACCUUCAUCUUCUGAAUUGGACUUGCCUGUGGGCACCCAGUUUUCCCUUGAGGACAAGAUGGCACCUGGGAGUCAGACUGAGCUCCCCUCUAAGCAGGUGUUUUCCGAGGAGGAAACAGGACAACCCUCAGAAACUCCUAUGGCCAGCCAGGGCUCAGACAAGCCCCUGAGAGACCUCGAGACACCCAGAUCUUCAGGUACAGAAUCUAAAGGUUCUAAACGCAAUAGACGAAAACCAAAUGGCAAGGUACUAGGGAGAUCUCCCCUCACCAUCCUACAGGAUGACAACUCCCCUGGGACUCUGGCACCACGACAGGUUAAGCGACUUUCUCCCUUGAGUGAAAAUGUUAGGGAACUAAAAGAAGGGACGAUUCUGGGAACUGGACGCCUUCUGAGAACCGGAGGACGAACAUGGGAGCAAGGCCAGGACCACGACAAGGAAAAUCAGCACUUUGCCUUGGUGGAGAACUAGGCUGUGUGUGGUCCCAGCCCUAGGUUCACCAGGGGUUUAGUGAUAUUUCAUGUCUCCUCACCCCUUUCCCUGGGAGACUGGAAAGGCUCAUUUUCUUUGACCCUCUGAACUACCAGCUCGGGAACUGAGAGUUUUCUUGGGCUUUCUUUGUGUCUUAUGUGUUUCUUGUAUAUUAAAGGAAGUGAUUUUAAA